GGUUCGUCUUGGCGGGAGAGCCCUUGGCGAUCGGUGCGAGCGCGAGCUGACCUUCUAUCGCUCCCUAAGGUAGAAUAUCGAUCGAUUUCGAUGGGAAAUGGGGGCGAGCAGGAGCCGGUCAUCCACGACGCCGAUUAUGUGGAGGCGUUUGAAAGCUUCCUAGAGGAGAAUCACUUGUCGGAGCUGGAGAGGAUCUUGCUCCUCGAGGACGAAUCCAAGCACUACUCAGUCCAUGUCGACUUUGCGGAACUUCUGGAAGCCCAUCCCAAGCUUUCUCAUGAGCUCUACUUUCAACCAGGAAAGGUUUUGCCUCUAUUCGACGCAGCAGCAUUAGCAGUAUUGCAAAAACUGGACAAAGGCAACAAAGUGAUGAAGCGCGUUCAUGUACGCUUGGUGGUACAGGGUUCCGCUUUGGAACGUCCAGAAGUAAAUCCAAGCAUUGGACGCAUCAGAGUGAAGCAUCUUGGAAAACUUGUAACUCUGAAAGGAACAAUAAUCCGUUCAGGUGGCGUCAAGAUUCUCGAGGGAGAGCGCGAGUACGAGUGCACAAAGUGCAAGCACAGUUUUAAGUUGUUCCCGGAGCUGGAAACUGGCAGCGGCGUUGAGCUGCCACGAAGGUGCCCCUCUCAGAGAACAAAGCCAUGUACUGGUUCAACCUUCCGUUGCAUAGAGGACUCGAAAGUUUCCCAUGACUAUCAGGAGAUCAAAAUGCAAGAGAAUCUGCAAACGCUUGGUGUCGGCUCUGUUCCACGGUCUAUUGUUGCUAUUUUACAGGAUGAUCUCGUAGACACUGUCCAGGCCGGAGAUGACGUUGUUGCAACUGGGGAACUUUUCUCCCGAUGGCGGCGAAGCUGUAAAGAUGCCCGUUGCGAUAUUGAAAUAAUGCUCAGGGUCCACUAUGUGCGGAAAGCAAAUGACUUGAAGGCGGCAGUCGACGUACCUGAAGAUGUUAUCCACCAAUUUGAGCAAUUCUGGAAGGAAUUCGAGAGAGCGCCAUUCAAAGGAAGAAAUGCCAUACUACAGAGCAUAUGUCCUCAGGUGUAUGGGCUCUUCACCGUAAAGCUAGCGGUUGCCUUGACGUUGGUUGGUGGAGUUCAGCGUGUAGAUUCUUCUGGAACUCGUAUACGAGGAGAAUCACACUUGCUUCUUGUUGGAGACCCGGGCACUGGGAAGUCUCAGUUUCUAAAAUAUGCAGCUAGAUUGAGUCAUCGCUCGGUUGUGACAACCGGUCUAGGAAGCACCAGUGCAGGGCUUACGGUAACAGCAGUUAAAGAUGGAGGAGAAUGGAUGCUCGAAGCUGGGGCACUGGUUUUAGCGGACGGUGGACUAUGUUGCAUUGACGAAUUUGACAGCAUUCGAGAAGCAGACAGAGCCACAAUUCAUGAAGCUAUGGAACAACAGACACUCAGUGUUGCAAAGGCUGGGCUCGUGACAACGCUUAACACAAGGACGACUGUUUUCGGUGUAACCAAUCCUAAGGGCCAAUAUGACCCUCUGCAGCCUCUUUCCGUGAACACCACCUUGUCUGGGCCACUCUUGAGUCGUUUUGACAUCGUUUUGGUGCUUCUUGAUACUAAAAACCCAGAGUGGGACACCAUUGUCUCUUCUCACAUUUUAUCCGAGCAUAUGAAGCAAAAAUCGGUGAACUGUGUCAGCAAUCUCACGGGUUUUUGGACACUGGCAAUGCUGAGGAGGUACAUUCUUUAUGUGAGGGACCACAUUCGUCCUGUUCUUACGGCCGAAGCCGAGAAGAUCAUCAUCAGUUACUAUCAGCUCCAGCGGAGAGCAGGCGCUCAGAAUGCAGCAAGGACGACCAUAAGGAUGUUGGAAAGCCUGAUAAGGCUCGCACAAGCGCAUGCGAAGCUUAUGUACCGGCGACAGGUUACCAGAGCAGAUGCUAUUGCGGCGAUUGUGUGCGUAGAAUCGUCGAUGACAACGUCUGCUAUUCUGGACAACGUUGGGAACGCACUGCAUUCAACGUUCUCGGAGAAGCCGGACGCAGAGUGUAAGCAAGCGUGCCUGUUUGCGGCUGUUUUUGGUUGUAAAGAGCUUUUCAGACACGGAGCUAGAGCGCAAGAUACUGGUUGCACUUGGUCUGAAUCGGCAGGAUCCCUCCAACAGAGGGCCCGUCAUGCAACGCUGCUCCAGCUUGCUGAAUCAAGUGGAUACGGAAGCUGGGAUUAUAUUCCCUACCCAAGGUCAUCAAGGUCCUCAAUAAACUAUUGUGGCAUUUCUGGGUCGACUUUUAAGUUACAGCACUGUGAGAGUUUUUUUCUAUCAAUUAAAACAAAUAAAUAAGAUGGGUUCU